AUUCAGAUGGAUAAUCCAACACAAUCUUCAAUAUAUAUAUAUUAUAUAUAAACGAUCAUCAUCAGAAUAACAACAAAAAGCUAAGAUUGUAAGUAUAGAUUAAAAAAAAAAAAAAACUUACUGUAGUAAAGUUUGUAUUCCAAGUUUGGAAAUACCACAUAUUAAUUGAUUACAUUAAUUUAAUACCUAACUGCAUACAAGAAGUAAAUUAUAGACUCAAACCUCUAAUGAAUGCAUAACAAAACCAAAUGUACGUGGACCAACAAGCAAAAAAAAACACGAAAUCCACUAGUGCACAAUCAAUAAGUACACACUUUGUUUGCCUCAUCUUGAGUUGAUACAGGUUUUAAAAACUAAAGAUUUGUUGAAAAGUUUCAUUAGAGUUGGCGUUUGGCCAUUUUCACAAAUUUUUGCCAACUUAGAUCUGGUCCUAUAUUAUUGGGUACACUACUCAGCUAGCUCUUUCACAAAAUAACUGGCUUAAUUUCAAUCUUUCAUGUUCUAUAACAAUAUAUGUUUUUCUGUUUGACAUUAUCACAUAAAUUAAUGGAGCCGUGGAAGGACCUUACCGGGAAAGUAGUGAUGGUGACAGGGGCAUCCUCUGGAAUCGGGCUUGAGUUUUGUCUCGACUUGGCCAAAGCCGGUUGCAGCAUAAUUGCUGCUGCUCGUCGUAUUGACAGGCUGGAAUCUCUCUGCAACGACAUGAAUUCAGAGGGUAUUCGGCGAGCAUUUGCCCUCAAUCUUGAUGUCAUGUCCAAUGGUGCCACCAUCGAGGCUGCUGUACAAAGAGCUUGGGAUGCCUUUGGACAUAUCAAUGUCUUGAUUAACAAUGCUGGCAUAAGAGGUCCUGUGAGCUCUCCACUGGAAUUGUCAGAGGAGGAAUGGGAACAUACCUUUAACACGAAUCAUAGAGGGGCAUGGUUGCUGUCCAAAUAUGUGUGUAGACGCAUGCGUGAUGCCAAAUUACAGGGCGGAGGAUCUGUUAUUAAUAUCUCUUCAGUUUCUGGUCUGAAUCGGGUACUAGUACCCGGGGGUCUUGCUUACGCUUGUUCAAAGAUGGCUCUUGACAUGCUCACUAGGAUGAUGGCACUUGAAUUGGGAGUAUACAAUAUCAGAGUGAACUCAGUAGCACCAGGAGUUUUCAAAUCUCAGAUAACAGAGAGCCUUAUGCAAAAGGAAGGGUUCAAUAAUGUUAUUUUGAAAACCGUUCCUCUGAGAUAUCUUGGAAUGACAGAUCCGGCUCUAACAUCACUUGUUAAGUAUUUGAUCCAUGAUUCUUCAGAAUAUGUAUCCGGUAAUAUUUUCAUUGUUGACAGCGGAGGUACCUUAACAGGUGUCCCCAUUUUCUCAUCACUCUAGAACAAACGCAUUCAUGGUUUAAGUUCGACCAAACCCAAAUUAAGCUUUUCUACAAUUUAAGAUACAAUAAUAGUAGACUAAUUACGAUUAUUCGUUUUUGUAAGUCUAAUUACCUUCCUAUGCUUGGCUACUAAGAUACAAUAAUAGUAUUACCAAAUACUUCAACUUAUGUAUUAUUUUUUAGGCCAAAAGUGUAACGUUUGUUGUAUAAGCUGAACUUUUUGAUAUGA